UUAAUAAAAUUGGAGGAAAAUGUAGAUAAAACAAUUGUUGUUGGUUGGACGGUCUCCCCGCUAUAGUCCAAAAGUUCACAAAACCAGUUUACUCUUCUCUUCUCUUGGGCUUAGUUUCAAACUAUCAGUCUCUCUUUCUCUCUCUAUAACACACAAAGAAGAAGAAGAAGAAGAAAAGUUUAUACAGAAAAAAAAAUCCAAAAUUUCCUACAAGCGUCGUUUCUGAAAUUAUAAUCCUCAAAAAUCAGUUAUUGGGUAUUUAUUUUCUUGUAUAAAACAAGAGUUCAGGAAGAAGAAGAAGAAGAAAAAAAAAAAAGGGGGAAAAGAAACGAGAUCCCUAGAAAGCCGGCAAGUAUGGCGUCAAAGGUGAUGCCUUCAGCGUCAACAACGCCCAAUUCGGAUCGUUCUCGUUCUCGUUCUCGUUCUUGCCUACCCCAAAACCCAACUCCUUCUUCUUCCUCUUCUUCUCUACUUCACUCUGAUCCUUCUAGAAACUUCGGCUCUAUGAACAUGGACGAACUUCUCAACAACAUUUACUCCGAUUCCCCCGACCCUUUUUGCUCUGCCUCUGAAACCACCGCGCCUACCCCCGCUGCCGCCGGUGAUGGCCGUGAUGUGGGACCCAGUAAGACUGUGGAUGAGGUGUGGAGGGAAAUUGUAUCAGGGGGUGGGGGUGGAGGUGGAGGAGGGAGUGGUAGGGAGCCAGAGAUGACUUUAGAGGAUUUUCUGACCAAAGCUGGAGCGGUUACGGAGGAGGACGUUAGAGUCCCGGUGAUCGCUCCGCCACCAGCCACGGCGGCGCCAGCUGCAGGAGGGUUUGUGGUGGAUAACAUGGGGAAUUGUCAGUUUCCGAUGGCCAUGCAGAAUGGACCCCACAUGGGAUUUGGAAAUGGGGUUGUAGCUAUUGCUGGGAGUGGGAGUGGUAGUGGUAGUGGGAGAGGGAAGAGGAGGUCAACCGUUGAGGAGUUGCCGCUGGAUAAAGCUACACAGCAGAAGCAGAGACGCAUGAUCAAGAACAGAGAGUCUGCUGCUAGGUCUAGAGAGCGAAAGCAGGCUUAUACUGUGGAAUUGGAGUCUUUGGUUACUCAAUUGGAGGAGGAAAAUGCAAGGCUUUUGAAAGAAGAGGCGGAGAAGAAUAAGGAGAGACUUAAGCAGAUUAUGGAGAACCUCAUACCAGUCGUAGAGAAACGAAGACCACCAAGAGUUCUGCGGAGAGUUCGAUCUAUGAGCUGGUAGGUCUGUCUUAAAUGAUCCUGAACCAAUUGAUGUCAGAAUCAAUGGUUGUACUGCUACUGGAGCUGCAGGAAAGUUGGAGGAAGAGGUUUUUCUGAUUACCAGAAGAGUUUAGGCCGUACAUAGUCUGCAGUCAACUUUUUAGGUGACGGAACUGCUAAGAGCCCAUCUCCAAACUGAAGAUGACGAAGGCUGCAAAGUUCUUUCAUGAAUAUCAUGUGCAUGAAUGAGAUUUAUGUAAGCAUUAGGCUUAUGCUUGGCUAGCUUUUUAUAGUUUGCUGACGUAGUAAAAGAAUAUACUGUACUUUAGCUUCCGCAGGCAUAUCAUGCUGGUUGCAGGGAAGGUUGAUGAACGUGGACUUUGUUUAUACUAACUGAUGUGUUUUUUGGAAUAAGAAUUUGUCUUGUGAGUAUUAUGUUCCAAGUUUUUAA